AUGGCCGUGGCUGAGAACCCCGGAGCGAUGCUCUUGACACGAGAUGUUCGCGUUACGUAUGUCAAGGAGGCCGACUUCACUGGAGGGCCACUUAUGGUCACCACGUCUCGUAUGGAAGCAGCCCAACCGUCCUUCCCGAUAUCCUACAUCGAUGUGGUCAUCUUCGCCGGUCGUCCAUUCCAUUUCUCCGAGGAAGUCUUCGCUUUUCUUCGUGCCUUCACCGCGACCGUCUGGCUCAGCACGGCCCUCGCCUUCUUAGCCCUCUGGGCCGUGUACGUGGGUAUAUCCGUGGUUUCGGCUACGCCACGACCUGAACACCCAGAGGACAACGGCCUUGGGUACUUCAUGAAGCGCGGAAGCAUUUUGGAAUCAUUUGAUAUGCUUGCAAGCUCCCUUCUCUCGCAAGCCUCACCUCACGGUCCCACUAGGAUGUCGCAGAGAAAUUUGAUGGCUGUAUGGCUUCUCUGCCUCAUCGUGCUGCGCACGAGUUUCAUCGGCCAGACGAAGGCCUCGCUGGUUGUUCGCGCCGACGUUCGGAGCAUCGAGGGCAUUGAGGACCUUGCCAGGGAUCCGAAAAUCACGCCUAUAGUUGUUCCCGGCUCUGGAUUUCUCUGGCUCCUUGAGACAUCGGAAACGGACGUCUUCAAGAAAGUCCUCGAGAAGAUCAGAAGCCGGAAAGCAGUUUUCAAACGGCAUGAUUUGUUCAGUGUACCAAUCCUCAAGCGAAUCUUGAAGGGCGAGGCAGCCAUGAUCUUCACCCAACAACCCAUUGCGGGAGAGAUGAAAGAACGCUGCAGCCAAUUGGGAGACAUGGACGGCGAGUUCUACUUCGCGCCGAAGUUGGUGGCGCAGCUGCCGAUUUCCUUGUUCAUGAGGAAAGGACUGGACAAGAAACUCCGCACCAGCAUCGGAGAAAAGAUUGAGCUGUUCAUCGAGCGGGGAUUGAUUCACAAGCUGUUCCGCGACAGCGGCCACGAGGAGACGCCCUGCCUGCGGGAGUCGGCGCUCAGCCAGCAGAAGGUCAACACUGACCGAAGCCAGUUGGACGGUCUGCGAGGAAUAUUCUUCACCUGGCUCACCGGACUCGCUCUCGCCGCGCUAGUUCUGGUCGCCGAGCAAUCGCACCACCGCUAUCACAAGGCCACUGCCUCGUCACGGCCCAAUGUACUCCGUGCCAGACCAGCGCGUCUGCGUCGGCGCGGAUUUCGCCCCGUCUUGCUGCCGUCUGAUGAGUCACUCGUCCCUGUAUUUCCUCAGUGA